AUGGCCACAUGCGAGACGCGCACGGUCCCGUUCGUCCUUGUCGGCGCGGGUGGCGUCGGCGCAGCGCUGCUCGAGGCCAUCGUGGGCGCCCGGGCGCUGCACAAGGCGCGAUACGGCAUCCGCUUCUCUGCGCUCGCGGUGUGCGAUUCGUCGGCGGCGGUGAGCGGCGCGGACGCGGCCGGCGGCCUCUCCGAUGCUGAGAUCGCGGCGCUCAUCGCGCACAAGGCCUCCGGAGGCAAGCUCGCCUCGCAGUCUGGUGCGGUGGUGCGGCCAGCGGAGCAGGACGCCUCCGUGUUCCUCGAGUCGCUGGUUGACAAGUACUCCAAGGAGGCUCCGGACACGAUCGUCGUCGACUGCAGCGCCACCGACGCCACCGUGCCCGCCCUCCUCAAAGCGGCCACCACCGCCAACAUGCGCGCCGCCAGCGCCAACAAGAAGCCGUUUGCCGACUCGAGCUUCCGCAACUUCCGUGAGCUCUGCCUCGCGCCGACGUCGCCCGCGCGCGUGCGGUACGAGUCGAGCGUGGGCGCCGGUCUGCCUGUCAUCGCGGCGCUCGCACGCGUCGUCAGCGCCCACGACGCGGUCACCCUCAUUUCGGGCUCCUUCUCGGGCACACUCGGGUACGCCGGCGAGUCGUUCAGCGCGGUGGUUGGCAAGGCCAAGGAGCUCGGCUACACUGAGCCCGACCCUCGCGACGACCUCGGCGGCGUCGACGUCGCGCGCAAGGCGCUGAUCCUCGCGCGCACCCUCGGCAUGGCCCUCGAGCUCUCGGACGUCGUGGUGGAGCCUCUCUACACGCCCGAGCUCGCCGAGCUCUCCGUGCCCGACUUUCUCGCCGCGCUGCCCACCCUCGACGCCGCCUUCGCCGCCAAGGUCGCCGCUGCCGCGGCAGAGGGCAAGGUGCUGCGCUACGCCGCAAACGUCCGGCCGCCCGCGGCGGACGGCACCGGCGGCGGCUCCCUCAAGGUUGGCCUCGUGGCGGUGCCGGCUUCAUCGCCCCUGGGCACGCUGAGCGGCUCGGACAACCUCGUCGAGAUCUACUCCCAGUGGUAUGCCGCCACGCCGCUCGUCCUGCGAGGCGCCGGCGCCGGAGCAGGCACCACCGCAGCGGGCGUGCUUUCGGACAUGGUUGAGCUGGCGAACACGCGUGGCUGA